AUCUCUCCUACUUGGGGUGAACAAUCCCCUAACACACUCAUACAAACAAAUCUACUUUUAAACGUUCUGUCUCUCGAGCAUCCGCUUGGUGUUUGUAGCUUUAGCCUGCUAGCACCGCUGGUCAGCUAAAGCUACCAACCUCUUUCACUCAUUUAUUUUCUCACUUUCUGGCUUUGCUCUUCACCUUGUACAAUGUCGCUUGCGUGUCUGUCCUUGAGUGCAGGAGAGGCAUCGAUGGAGGCGCUGGAGCUGGAGCUGGAAGCGGUGGAGUCCCAGAUUCGCUCGCUGGAGACGAAGCGAGAGGGCAUCAGGGCUCUGCUCUUAACCCGUACUCGCUCGUCUGAGGUAAGUGUCCGAUACAACGACAAUCUCCCAGUUUCUUCAACCCCGCGUGUUUCUCUGUCCAGGCCCAGCGCACCGAGGACGCGGUGCACCCAGGCGUCGUUCACGCCGACUCCCGGCUACCACGGCCCCUGGGUGCAACCGCGUAAGGUGCUUGCCAGGUCCCGGGGCAGAACGUCUCCUCCUCCGGUGUUCGAGAUCCCCACGGAGAACCGCUUCGCCCCUCUCCGCGAGACGGGUCGCGAUGUUGCCAUCAUUGGCGACUCAAUCGUCCGCCACGUCCGCUCCACUUCCUCCAAAGAUACCUACUAUCCUGAGCGCUGCCGAGAGCCUCGGUGCCGCCGUCCUCCACGUGGGGACGAACGACACCGGGCUCCGGCAGACGGAGAUCCUGAAGAAGGACUUCAGGAGCCUGAUCGAGACGGUUCGACGCACUUCGCCCGCCACGCAGAUCAUCGUUUCUGGACCGCUUCCUACCUACCGCCGAGGAAAUGAAAGGUUCAGUAGACUUUUUGCUCUGAAUGAAUGGCUAUUAACAUGGUGUGAAGAACAGAAAUUGCUCUUUGCCAAUAAC